UCACAGACACAUAAACCGUGCAACACUUGUCGUCCCUGGCAUUCAUCUGUCUGUACUCUGACCAGUUAUGAAUGCGAACUGGCUUUGCAUCAUGGCAGUGCUGCCAAUUACUGCAGUCAUCUCUGAUCAACAUAUUGACACAAGCAAAAUCAGAGUUUUCCCCGCAGGGAACAGUAGUAUUGCAGGAGUAUUCCAGGUUAGCUACAUAAAUGACCUCAACCAGUCUCAGUAUGCCUUCAAUGCCUCUGAUGCUCGGAAGCUUUGUUUGACCCUCGGACUGAACAUUGCCUCAAAAGCACAAGUGGAGAAAGCUCUCAGGAGGGGUUUAGAAACAUGCAGGUUUGGAUGGAUUGAUGAACAUUUGGCAGUCAUUCCCCGCAUCAAGGCGCUUUCUAAUUGUGGCAAAAACGGCACGGGUUUGGUGACAUGGCGAGCAGCUGUUACACAAAAGUUUGAUGUGUUUUGCUUUAAUGAAUCAGAUGACACAGCACAACUGAUGGAUACAACAACUCAGCUCCCUUCUGAGUCAGCAUAUUCUACGUCUCCCUCCUCCCCUCGUACUGUCAGUUCAGCUUUUACCACUCCUCCCUACUUCCUGAGGACCGCAGACAGUGAGGCAGAGGCAACCCGGUUUGUCGGCAUAGCACAAGGCUCUGCUGGAACAAAGGUAGUGCUCAUCGCCUCAACCUGUGCCCUUCUUCUUAUUGCAAUAGUCAUCUUUGCAUACAUCAUAUUGAAAAGGAGCUCUGGGAGCACUGAUAUGAAGCAGCAGGAAAAGUGUGCGGACACAGACAUGUGCACGUGUGUGAUGGAUGUAGAGGAACCCAAGAAAGCUGCUCAGGAAGAUGAGAAGAUAGAAGUUGGCGACAGUGCAAGUUAAACAUUUUAAAGAAACACUCUAUGGACUACUGAGUAAUAUUCCUUUUUAUGGGCAAAUAUGUGAGCCUUGAUGUGUGUAUGAGAGCAAUGUACAUGUAUUGUGUGUUUAUUUGUGCAUAAUUAUGUUAUAUAUGUUUACUUUUAUUCUCAGUCAUUUGAUGUUGCUAAAUGCAGUGAUUUGUUGUAAUUAAUGAUACAUGCCAACAGUUUAGCCACUAGAUGGCAAUGUUUGCAAUGCAACCAUUUUAAAGACUGAAGACUUUUUAUUCUUUUACCAAACGGUUUGCUGCUUCAUAGAUUGAAUAUACAUGCAAUUAAAUGCAACUUUUCUACAA